UUGAAGAUAUUGAUCUUAUCUCAUUGCAAGGAUUUGGUAAGUCUUCCGUCUAGUAUAUACAAGUUACAUAACAUUGAAGAGUUGGAACUUCGGGGUUGCACAUCAUUCAUUAGGUUUCCAAAGUACGAUGAUUCUGCUGAUCCAUCUAUGAAGAUUGUACUUCCAAGUUUAAAAUAUUUAGACCUUAGUUGGAGUAGUCUGACUGAAUUGGAGUUUCUCAAGAAUCAUUCCUGUUGUCCCAAAUUGAGUGCUUUACUUCUGGGGGAGACCAAAAUAACUAGCAUUCCAACAUUCAUCGUUGGGCGCAAACAUUUAAUAUUUCAAGCGGCGUGCCAUGUUCAUAUUCUAGGCCGGAUGAGGCUCGAUCCCCAUGCUUCUAACGGUAGAGAUUUUCUCAAUCGUGCUUUGCAAAUGCCGCCUCUCCAUGGUCUUUAUUAUAAUUAUCAUGAAGCAGAGUUACCAGAGUGGGUCCUCCCUAUUGAAAAAGGUUUUGUAUCUUUUAGGGCUUCUAAGGACUUGUGUCGCAAGUUUCUUGGAUUUGUUCUCUUUGUUUCAUAGUACUGAUGAACAGGAUCAUGGGUCACAAUCAUUCUGCAGGAAUUUUGAAGCUAAUGGCCGAUUGCUGUAUAAUCGUAGAUGUAGGCUUAAUGGAGAUUAUAUGUUGGCAUCAUUCACACCAUUUGAGCUGUUGGAAGCAGUCAAUUUCGGUCAAAUUUAUGGGAGUCAUGUACAAUUUUGUGUUAAAGUAUCAGGUGGAGUCGCAAAAAAGUGUGGAUUCCGAAUAGUAUGCAAGCAACUAGAGGAAGAUUUAAAAGUUAAGCUUCAAGAUCUAAUGGAUCCAGCUUUACUCUACGAGUUUGGUCAUGAAUCAACAUAUUCAAAAGCCAUGGUUCCACUUAUGCAUGGAAUGAUCAAAACAGAUAUACAGAACGACUUGCAAGAUUGUCCAGCGACGCCACUUUCAGCAUCACGACAGCUCGUCUCCCAUCUGACAACACCGAACUCUGAUGGAUGUAAGAUCGCCACAUACCAACGACGGAGGCGACGAAGAGAAGAAGUUUGUGUCCCUGAAACAGAGUCCCUAGUAAACCGACGGCAAUGGAGACUGGAGAGCAAAGGCGAUGGACUACCACCGUCGACCGAGGCCAUGGAAACUGAUGACUUGAAGGAUGUGUAGCUGAGGUUCUGGGCUUCAUGCAGCUUGCUGAAGAUCAGGUAACACCUGGC